GAACGAUGUUUUAAAUGAAUAGAACACAUCCUAUAAAAACAACAAUCUUUUGGAAUUGUAGCUUUAGUUCAAAAAAAAUUCAACUGCUUUCUUUAGUUGUUUACUUUCCAUGCACAUAUCAGCAAUACUCGCGUAUAGUCUAGUUCAUAGGAGGCGGGAAAGCGCAGACCGCAGAGUUUGAAAUUUGGGAAUUAUGAGAUGAGAUGACAACCCUAACCCUAACCCUAACCCUUCAAUGUUAGCUUUACCAAAAACCCUUCUCCAUUGUUACCCCGCCAGACUAAACCCUAGUAGAAUCUCUUAUUCCUUGUUCUCACAAAUGGCUUGGGCUUGCAAAAGAUGCACCUUUCUCAACCCCCCAUCUCAGCAAUCCACCUGCCAAAUCUGCUUCUCAUCGGAGUCGUCGUCAUUGCCAUCAUCAUCCUCCUCUUCUCUUGCUUCGACCCCCAAAUGGUCAUGCAAAGCUUGUACCUUCCUCAACCCAUAUAACACUUCCAACUGCGAAGUGUGCGACACUAGGGCACAUGUCUCGUCUUUUUCGAGCUUCGAGGAUUUGAACGAUACGGGUCCGGAUUCUGAACUGGACUCUUCAGUGGGCUCUGUUUUCUUGCCCUUGCAGCCUUGCAAGAGGAUGAAGGUUUCUGAACCAGUUCAGGUCGAUCCGGAUUCUGCCCAUUUGGGUGGGUUUCAAUCCGUUAAGGCUUCCGAAAAGGGAGCGACUUUAUCUGAGGAAGCUGGUUCUGGCACAGCCCCGAGUACAUUGAAGAUUUUAAGCUACAACGUCUGGUUUCGAGAAGACCUUGAACUGCAAAAAAGAAUGCAAGCUCUAGGUGACCUUAUAGAACUGCAUUCCCCUGAAGUCAUAUGCUUUCAGGAGGUAACUCCUAAUAUAUACAAUAUCUUUCAGCAAUCUAGUUGGUGGAGAGUGUAUAAUUGUUCUGUUUCAAAACAAAUGACUUUCCCAGGGCCGUACUUCUGCAUUCAGUUAAGCAAACUUCCCGUGAAAUCAUUUAGCUGUAAACCUUUCUCCAAUUCUGUUAUGGGGGGGGAACUUUGUGUUGCUGAAAUUGAAAUCCAGAAGGAUAAAUCAUUGGUCAUUGCCACUAGCCAUCUUGAAAGUCCAUGCCCAGCACCUCCUACGUGGAACCAGAUGUACAGCAAGGAACGUGUAGAACAGGCAACUGAGGCCAUUAACUUCCUUGAGACGAACCAAAAUGUGGUAUUUGGUGGUGACAUGAACUGGGAUGACAAGUCGGAUGGUCUGUUUCCUUUACCUGAUGGAUGGUUGGAUGCUUGGGCAAAGUUAAGACCAGAAGAAAAUGGAUUUACAUAUGAUACCAAGUCCAACCAGAUGUUGACUGGAAACCGCACGCUGCAGAAGCGUUUGGACAGGUUUGUUUGCAAGCUACGUGACUUCAAGGUACAUGGAAUUGAAAUGAUUGGGAAGGAUGCAAUACCAGGAGUAUCAUAUAUCAAGGAAAAGAAAGUGAAGAAAGAAAUCAAGAAGUUGGAGCUCCCUGUUUUGCCUAGUGAUCAUUAUGGCUUGCUUUUGACCAUCUGUAGCCAGUGAAGUUGAUAGAGUUCAUAAGGAACGAUAAAUGAGAAACAAGAAGUAGAUGGUCGGGAUCGUGUUUGGUCUUGUUUUGUAUAGCUCCCCGUGCGUGCUAUGCAUGCAAUUUUGUGUAUAUCGGUGGGGUGAUGUAAAGCUGGUUUAUUUUGAAUGAUAGAUUUUCCAGUGAAAUGGAUAAAUUUUCAACUCUCAUUUUACUCUCAAGCAUGAAAUAGUUUUGGUUUGA